AAUAAACAUAUGCAUAUAUACAUAUGUGUAUAUACACACACAGACACACAAUAUAAAUCCAAAUAUUAUAAACAUGCUCAGUGUUCGCAUCGUUAAAAUAGCAGCUUAUAUAACAAUAGUUUGUCUAAUAAACAAAGAAACUACAUCUGUAUUAAAAAUAAUGUGAAUAAAAACUGAAUGAAAUGCAACGCUUUCGCAGUUUCAAAUGAUACUUGCGAUUCAACCAAGCGGACAUUCGCGCGCAACACACGAAGCAGGAAGUCGGGAGGACAGAAUUCAUCGCCGACUUGCCAAAAGUCAAUUGGAAGACGAAAAUUUGACUAAGGAAGAUUCACUUUAUGGAUCUGGAAUAGAUGAUUUCAUGUAGGGUAAAAACAAUUAAUUGUAUUAUAGUGUAAACCUGCAGUAAAACUUUAAAAGCUUUUUUCUCGAAACUAUUGAAUUAAUGAUGUUCGAUAAGUGUAUUUCUUUGGUGAAAUCAUUAAAUUUUGAGUUUCGAUUUAUAAUAUAUUUUUGUAUUAUAAACCACAGCACGUAAAGUAUUACAAAAUAUUUUGCUCUUAAUUUCUCUAAAUAAUGGUCUAAAGGAAUACUAAUAAGACAGAAGUCUUCCAAAUCAAAACAUCGACCAAGGUACAAGCCAUUGAACAAUGACACAUACGUGUGUCUAUGUUUACAGAAAUUUCUAUAGUUCGUAGAAAACACGUUCCCAGUACACGUUAGACAAGCGAAACGUAAGGAGUGUAGGGAAAUCAGAUCUGAUCGGUGCUUUAUAUUUGGCCGUAUCGAAUCGAUUGACGUCGAAAGUUAUUAUUUUAUAAUUUUCCGUGUGCUAUUUGUUCACGUUAAGAACAAACCAUACGAAAAGACGAGUUGGCGAAAUAUUUGGCUAAAAGGAGAUUUGGCUGAGAAACUUUCCUUACAAUCUAAGAAGCAAUAAUGUAUACCUAUAUAGUGAUCUGUACAAACACACUGGCUUUGAACUUGAAGUUUUCGUAUUGCAAUUCUGAAGCGAGCCCCUUGAACGUGAUGAAUAUGGGUAGUACGGCAUUUCGGACAGCGUUAAAAUUAUCAUAUAAAGCAGCGACGUUACAGAAAAAUAAACAACCUCAAGAGACAAGCGGUUCGGUGAAUAUAAUAGAAAUAGAAGACAAGUUAAAUAAUUUAUAUAAAAAUGUAAAAGAUGAAACCGGCUCAACAGAGACAACCUUCAACGAUAUUAUAAGCCUUGCAACAUCUUACUGUAACAUGGGUAUUGCGUACAAAGACUUUACGUCAAAAACCAAAUUAGUGGUGGCUCGCAGUCAUUUGAAGAAAUGUUUAGAAUUAUUAAAUGGAAAAGAAUUGGAUCGUAGAGCUAUUUUAAUAAUUAUGAGAGCAGUUGUACAACUGGAACACGUUUUUCGUCAACUUAAUGAAGCAGAAAAAUGUUGUUCAUUCUCACAUAAGGCGAUCGGUUUCUAUCUCGAAUAUACAAAUCAGGGAAGUAAAUUUCCUGCGCCUAUUGUUUCACGUCUCUCAGUUAAUCUUGAUAUUGAAGAAGCGUGCCCAAACACAAUGCUUUCUUUGGUGACAUUGUGUUUACAACUUUUACGUCAUAUAAAGGACUGUGACUGUUAUAAGUGGGAUCUAGAAACUCUUGUUAAACCUAUGCAUAACUUUUUCAUGUAUCAGUGGACGGAGGCGUUAGAGGGUCCGUCACAAGGUUUUGCGUGGGCUGCUGCCAUACUUGACUUUUCUCUCUAUUUCAUAAGACACAUGCGUUUAAGUGAUGCUAGGAAUUAUCUCGCUGCUAUACAAUAUAUCUUAUAUGCAUAUAAAGAGGAAACAAAUGAUUGUUUAUCUUCGAAAUGUUGUACUCAGGAUAUUUUUGAUACGCUAGCACCUAGUUACCACAUUCUUAAGGCACAGCUUGCUACAAGAUGGAGUUUUUAUGGUAACUAUCUUUUGUUUCCUUCGAAAUAUACAUUGUCGUAUAGUAAAAAUGUCAAAGUUCGCAGAGCAAGGAAAUCAAAAUCAACGCCUUCUGUCGAGUUACCUAUGAAAUCAUUAAUAUUCACGACCUUGGAGGAACAUGUAAAAGAUAUUGUCAAUCAAAUUCCUGAUACUGUGUCAAAUCUCGAUGAUGUUAAUUUAGUUUGCAAUUAUGUUCUGAAAUGGUUUGAAAUUACUAAAAACUACACAAAUACUGCAUUAUCUUUGAAUGAAUCUUUUAUAACGAGAACUUUAUGCAAAAUGGAAGCAAGCAAAUACUUGACGUACUUUCAGGCUGACAAAGACAAACAGAUGACAUUUCAUAAAGAGCGAAUAGAGUUGUUAAUGAUGGUCAAGAAUUUUAUUCCAGAUCUAUUAGUUUAUUCCAGUUCUGAUGACAAAAACAAUUUUGAUAUACUCUCUCUAAACUGUAAUCUUGGACUGAUAGUUACUUAUGGCAAUCUUUUAGACAUGUUAUUAGAGGAUGCCGAAAUUACUGAAAAACGAUUUGAGGACAUAAAACUGGAAGUGCAUAACUAUAUGAAAAACAGUGUAGAAUGUUGUGAAACGUACUUAGAACAGUUGCAUAUAAAAUUAUAACACAAUUAUAACAUAAUUGGAAAAAAAAUAACGUGGAACAUGAUACAUUGUUCAAAAACGCAAGUGUGUCAAUGUUUGUUACAACUACAAAAAAAAAACAAUUAUAAAUCAGAAAUUUUGUUUCUUAUUACUUUGACUAGCAUCUAUAUAUAUAUUGACAAGUAUCUGUACAGAAAUGUAGAAAUAUAGAUGAUUUUCUAAUAAAUGGUUGUAGAAUAA